CACAUGGCUGCCAGGACCGGAUAUCUAUUGGCCUAAAUGCGAAGCUUUGUGUUGGAGCCGGGACACAGGAAUGUCAAAGUUUGAGAGACUCUGGCCAGAGUCCUGAUCUCUCCAGAUGGUCACAGGAUAUAAAGUGCAGCUGGGAGGCAAGCCCCAGAACCCUCCUAGAGAAGCUCUGAGGCUGCAAAAUUGCAUUAGACAAAAAGGAGGAGAUGAGGAAACUUCUGGUGCUGCUACUCCUGACCCUGGCCCUGGCAGCCUUCUGCUAUUGUGAAAGAGAUUCAAAGGACACCUUGGAAUCACACGGUGUUGAAGGUGUUAAGGUAAAAAGAGAAACGGCCAAUGCCUUUGUGAGGAGGCAGAAGAGGUCCUACCCCUAUUAUGAAAGGUACUAUGAAAUGUACAAGUCCCCAAUGGAGCUGAGGAAGGAACAGUGUGAAAACUACGCCCCCUGUGACUACCUGUCCGAUCACGUGGGGUUUCAUGCUGCAUAUCAGCGUUACUUUGGAAGAUUCUGAGGAAGAGACUGUCCCUUCCCUCACCUGGCGAGGGUCCAGUCUGUCCUCCAUAAAGACUGGGGUAGUAUGAGGAAGGGAAGGAAGGAAAAGGGAGAGGUAGAUUGGGCCCACUUCAAUUCUGCUCAGCACUGAUGAGAGCACAAUGGCAAAAUUUACCCCAUGUAUCCAUUUUCCAGUCCAAGACAGCUGAACACUAGUUGUGAUCCUUCUACCAGAGGCAUUCCCACCUGUGGCCUCCCAUAGUAUUUUGAGUUUCUUCAGAGAAAGGAAGGUGAGGAGAAUCCGUCUUAUCUGCUUGCCAUGGAAGUUCCAGAGCAAGUAUAGGAAGAAGAGAUUCUUCUGAAGAAACUCAAAAUAUGACAAAGGGAGG